AUGGCCUCCUUUCCAUUCUUCCGCCUGCCACCCGAAGUCCGCAACAUGAUCUACCGGCUCCUCUUCGAGACGGCGCAUGAGGACAAGACUGUGACGCCAGACCCUACGGGCUCUCGUCGUCGAAAUAAUCUCGGUCAUAGAACCUUGAACCUCAGUGACUCUCUUCCGUUCUUGAGGACUUGCCAAUUGGUGCGUGGGGAGGCCACCGCUGUGCUCUAUGGCAACAAUGUCUUUCGAUUUGAUGAUCAUCCCCACAACAGUGAUGAGCAUACGAUGCCCGCAUUCAACACGUCUGUCCCUUACUGCGACUAUCUGACGAUGUACUUCUUCCUUGUUUCCAUUGGAAAGAGCAACCGAGAAAAGCUUCAGCACAUCCACCUUGACUUCUGGGAGGCAACGUUUGUCCGGUACCCCGAGGAAGUUGGUAUUUACGGGAAUCUGCGCGUAAAUGCUGGUGCCAGUUUCAUUGGUGAUGCAGUCGAGCUGUUGGCUGCCUCGCACAACCUCCAGACCGUCAGUGUAUCAUUUCAUGCCAGAUCUCUUAGCGAGGAGGACAAAUGGUGUCACCCAUCUGCAAUGCUGGACUUUUACAUCUGUCCAAAGCUGGCUCGCAAAAUCUCCGCAAUCGCGGGUAUUGAGCAAUUCAAAUGCUUGACAACCUACGAAGCCCGGGAGGAUGAGUAUGAUGCAUUGCGCGAAUUUUUGUGUGAGAAAAUCAUGGACAUGAGGGCAAGAAUGGAGAGAACCAAUUGCGCAAGUUGA